CUGCUAAGUUGGCUAUUGCACCACAAGCCUCGGAGUCCCAAUGGGGGACUCGGGAUCAAGACGAUCUACUCUGGUCUCUCGGUUGCCGAUAUUUAGAAGAAGUAUUAGUAGAAGGCAUGACUCCCUUCCUUCCUCACCCUCUUCCAGUAAUACAGCUGGUGUCCACAGUUCGUCUCCUUCCAGCACCAACUCAAGCUCAGGUAGUACAGGGAAACGCAGGAGCAUAUUCCGAGCGCCUUCCAUCAGCUUCCAUCACAGGAAGGGAACGGAAGCUAAGCAGGAGCCUCCCAAGCAGAGCCUUAGUAUUUCCAACGGUGCUCAGCCUGGUCACAGCAACAUGCAGAAACUGACUUCGGAAGAACAUAGUAAAACCAGGGGAAGACAUUCUGUGGGUUUUAGUAGUUCAAGAAAUAAGAAGAUUACAAGAUCAUUGACAGAGGACUUCGAAAGGGAAAAGGAGCACUCAACUAAUAAGAAUGUCUUUAUAAAUUGUCUAAGCUCUGGCAAAAGUGAGGCGGAUGAUUCUGGGUUCACAGAAGAACAGACUCGGCAUUCUGUUAAGCAGUCAACAAGGAAGCUACUCCCUAAAUCUUUUUCAUCUCAUUAUAAAUUUUCUAAGCCAGUUCCUCCGAGCAAGUCUAUUUCGUUGGUGCAACAGUCUGAAUUGUCCCUGGAAAUCACACAGUACGAAGAGGGAGAACCUGUAUUUGUAAGAGCUUCUCCAUCUUGUUCUGUGGAUGCAACUGAACGGGCCGAAAGCUCCUUACAAUCUCCGUUACAUUCUGCUGAUCUCACCACAGCCCAGACACCGUCAGAAUUUUUAGCCUUGACUGAAGAUUCUGUGUCUGAAGCAGAUGCAUUUCCUAAAAGUGGAAGUCUGGCAUCCCACUGUGACAACUUUGGCCACACUGUUUCUACCUCUCAGCUCUCUCCCAAUCCUGCUGCUCUUAUAAAAACAACAAUGGAACUUAGAGGAGUUGGUCCCUGUGCAAUCCUGUCUCCUGCAAAACACAGGUUAGAAGGCCCAUGUAGCGCUGAACUGCAUUCCUUCUUGGAAACUUCUGCUGCUAAUCAGAAGGAAGUGUUAAUGCAAAGCACAGAGCUACCGGUUAAGAAUGCGAGCCACUCAGAAACUCUCCUACCUGUAGACACUCAAAAGGAAGAAAGCAGGGUGUUACACAAUGGUGACACCACGCUGAGGACAAGCUCGCCAAGGAAACUGGGCUCGUAUGAGGCACACAAGGCAAUAGCGGAGCGUGUGAAAGGCAUGCAUCCUGUUUCAGAGUCAAGGGUAAUACCUUCUUCUGGUGAUCAUCACUUUUUUAACAAAGGAUCGUAUGGAUAUGAAGGAAAUACUGCCAAAGUUCUUGCCAGCAGCCUCAGUCCGUAUCGUGAAGGAAGAUUUAUAGAGAGGCGACUGAGAUCCUCCUCAGAAGGAACUGCGGGGAGUAGCAGAAUGAUUUUGAAGCCAAAAGAUGGAAACGUAGAAGAAGCAAACAGUUUAAGAAAGCAAAGAGCAGGCUCCUCGUCCUCAAAGAUGAACAGUAUGGAUGUUUUAAAUAAUUUGGGAUCUUGUGAACUGGAUGAAGAUGACUUAAUGCUUGAUUUAGAAUUUUCAGAGGAACAGAAUCUUUAUCCCUCAGCAGUUUGCCGGGAGGAUUCCUACCACUCUGUAGUCUCAUGUGCUGCUGUCGUUCUUGCUCCUGUGGAACCAAUGAUAGAAGUGAAGAAAAGAGAAGAGCCAAGAUAUCCUGAGCCUUCUAAGCAGAGCCUUUCGUUGAAAUUGACAAGAGAUGUGGACCAGGAAUCCAGGUGUUCCCAUGUCCGCCGUGUGCCCAGCAGUCCAUCGGCAGACUGGUCCCUGCAGAGUGUGGAAGAAAAUGGAGGCCUGGAUUCUCUGCCAUUCAGGCUGAUGUUACAGGACUGCACGGCAGUGAAGACACUUUUGCUAAAGAUGAAGAGGGUUCUCCAGGAGAGUUCAGACAUGAGCCCAGCGAGCAGCACCGCUUCGCUUCCCGUUAGUCCUCUUGCUGAAGAACCAGUGCCUUUCAAGGAUAUCGUGAAGGAUGAAUGUUCUGUGCUGGAGCUGCAACUGAAAGAGAGGGACGAACUCAUCUCCCAACUUCAGGAAGAGCUGGAAAAAGUCCAGCAUUUACAGAAGGCUUUUGCUUCAAGAGUAGAUAAAUCCACACAGACAGAACUUCUGGGCUAUGAUGCCCUGUGGAAUCCUACAUGCACUGAACGUUUAUUUAAACCAGUCCAUUUUUCAACAUAAGUCCUAUCAUUAUUUGAACAUAAGAAAUGAAUCACUAGUCUAUGACUUGUUAAAUAUUGAGUAUAAUUAAUUUUCCAUCAUUCUAUAUAUUAACUAUUUCUCAGUCAAUGUAAUACAAAAAUGUUUGCAUUCCAAAUACUCUACAUUUCUGCGUUUGUGGACAAUUACACAAAAUGUUCAUGAAUUAAGAUUUAGUUAACUCUGUCUGCUUUAUUCUUAUUGCAUUUUUAAACAAAAGUACACUUUUAUUUAAAAUAACCUGUAAAUGCAAAUAUUCUAAAAUGUAAUAUUCCACUUGGCAGUAAUACUGUUUGUUUAGCCUGUUCAUCCACCUCACUUGUCUGUCUGAUGACCGUCUUCAUUUUAUUGCAUAUUCUUUGCACAAUAGGUUUAAAAAUAAUGCCUUUGCUUCUUUAGUUUGAGAGAGUUCCUACUGAAGAAUUAGCUAAUCUGUAACCUUUUCCCUUUUUAUUAAGACCAAAACAAGAAAACAGUGUUUUUAAAUGUAAUACAUAAUGAAGUCUUACUGUAGCUACAGAAUGUCAUAAACUGUGUAUCAAGAGUUGCUGAAAGUUCACUGUCAACGUUAUACUGAAGGAAGUUUCUUGACUGUGAUCUCAAAGGAGGCUUGUACCCUAGACUUGACAUUGCCCCUUGAUUUCUCUGUGGCCCCUAUUUAUUGCCUUUUUACAAUAUACCUCACAUGAAUUGUCAAAUGCUCAGGUGGCUACACGGCAUGCCUGAAUGUUGUAGUUUAUUGUGAGGAUAACUGACAGGAUUAUUAAUUAGCCUAAAAAAUGGGUCUAGGUUGUGAGCAGGUGCCCAGUAGUAGAACCAUCUAUCUAAGAAAGGAAAGCAAGAGUUGCUGAGUAUUCUCUACAAACAUGCAAUGAGGUAUUCAUGGGUGAUGGUGGUAAUGUCUGAAUCUAUUACAAAAUUGAUUAAAUUAUUUGUGUGAUUAUAUAGCAUACAAUAUGAAUAAUUAGAUGCCUGGUAUGAACCAUGGUAUUAAAUAAAACUGCAAAUAUAUUUAUUUACACAAAAUAUUGUUUGUUUCCUUUCAAUUUGACCCCUUGAGGCACCCAUUCAGAAUCCAGGACUUUAAAAAAAAAAUUGUUUCUCUAACAGUUUUCUAGA